GCCCUCCUCACCCCCGCCCACUCCACCCGCCUCAACAUCACCGCCAUCGCCGCCGCCAACAACGCCUCGCGCCUCGAGUGCUGGCAGCUCGCGGCGCCCGCCGUGCCCGGCCGCGGCGCCCUCAACUACCCCCUCGGCGACCUCGAAGACGCUUUCGUCGGCGUGAUACCGCCGAACACGACGACCGGCACGAUUGGGAACGCGGAGCGCGUGCAAUUCUCCCUCUUCCUCACAGGCCUAGCACACAUCUCGACCCCACACUCCGGCCUCCCCGCGUACCUGAACGAAGUCUUCAUCGCCGGCGGCGCGCGCGGGAUGCUGAUCGCGGCGGAUCUCAAGGAAGUUGCUGCCAGCGGCCACGUGACGGUGUUUCCGGGGCUGGAGAGCACGGUGAUUGCGCAGUUUCCGGUUAAGGGGGGGAAGGUGCCGGAGCAUGAGGUGUUGCAUGUGGGGCCGUGUACGGGGGGGGAUUUGGAGGGGCUGUGA